AGUACCUCUCUACUUUGCGUUUCUGCGCGUGCGUAUAACACGUGUCGGCCGCCAUCAUGGACUUUGGAGAAAUGUUCGACGAUGUUCGUCGAAUGAAUAAACGCCAGCUUUUCUACCAAGUUCUGAACUUCGCUAUCAUAGUGUCCUCGGCGUUGAUGAUAUGGAAAGGGCUGAUGGUAGUUACGGGAAGUGAAAGUCCCAUUGUUGUGGUGCUAAGUGGUAGCAUGGAACCAGCUUUUCAACGAGGAGAUCUACUAUUCCUCACAAAUUAUAAAGAAGACCCUAUCAGAGUUGGUGAAAUUGUUGUAUUUAAAGUUGAAGGAAGAGAGAUACCUAUAGUUCACAGAGUAUUAAAAGUCCAUGAAAAGGAGAAUGGAGAUAUCAAAUUCCUGACGAAAGGAGACAAUAACUCAGUAGAUGAUCGAGGACUGUAUGCCCCAGGCCAGCUGUGGCUUGCAAAGAAAGAUGUUGUUGGCCGAGCUAGAGGAUUUGUUCCAUAUGUAGGCAUGGUUACGAUAUUGAUGAAUGACUAUCCAAAGUUUAAGUAUGCUAUUCUAGCAGCAUUGGGACUGUUUGUACUUAUCCAUCGAGAAUAGUAUCUUCUGAAUGAAAGACGUACAUUGUAUGUAAAACCAUAGUCUACCAUGUCAUCCAGGAAGCCAGAGUCUACCACGUCAUCCAGGAAUCAAAAGUCUCCCAUGUCUCAUCCAGGAAUGAUCUUCCAAGAUAUAUACAUAUAGCAAGCCAUAGUCUACCAUGUCAUAUAGACCUCCAAAGUCUACCAUGACAACCAGAAAUCCAAAGUCUACCAUGUCAUAAAGGAAUCAUAAAGGAAUUCAAAUCUAUACCAUGUCACACAGGAAACCAAAGUCUGCUAUGCUAUAUAACAAGCCAAAGUCUACCAUAUCUUAUAGGAAAUCAAAGUCUACCAUAUUAUUUAAAGGACAUACAUUGUGACUAGAAUCUGAACAAAUAAUCAAAAAGACCCCUCCCUAAGUUGACAUCUCUUUCUUGUCUAGGCAACAAAAAAUGCAGGCUCACAAUAGAAACCCAAGCCUAUUCUUUGCCUUGCUUUUACGCACAACCACAUCUAGAAAUUAAUGCUUAGAAAAUUUCAAGGUUAGUUAAGUAUUUUUCAAUACCAAACAAACUAAAGUUUAUAAUUAUCACUGGAGUACAGUAUGUUAUUUUGGGUACUAAUGAAUAGUUGUCAUAAAGCAUUACUAUUGAUUCAGAAAAUAAGUGUUGGCAAGAAAGCGGACAAUAUUUUCUUUUGUUUUACAACUGCUGACUUGCCCUGUCUGACUUAACAUUGUUUUUAUUUUUAUUUUUUUUUAAAGAAAUACUGUAAUCAUGUUAUCCUCUGCCUAUGUUUAUUUAUUUAACAUGCUUUUUUCAGGAUGCUCUUCAACAUUUUAUCAUAGUACAGUAACUAAAGAUUAUUGAACUGUUGAAUAACAUGCCAAGCUAAGUGUUCUCCCUGGUGAUCACUCUUAGUCCUGAAAAGAGCAAGUUAAUCAAUCUCUCAAGAACACUAAUGCAUUGGCUCAUUUGUACUUGGAAUAUAUUCAUGUUGAAAACAAAUUAAAAAUGCAUAUAUUAA